AUGCCAACAGAAUAUCCAUACGAGUAUCAAGUGUGUUUAGACAUGGAACAAAUUGGAGAGCCACAUGUAUCUUUAGAAGGAUUCAGACCACUCACUAUUUUAAUGGAAGUUAUUGGAGCAAUAUUGAUAAUCCUAGUAGCAGUUUGGUGUGGUCAUUAUAGAGGUGGUUUCUCUUGGAGGUCUAAUCCAGCAUUAGAAUUCAAUUGGCAUCCUUUAUUAAUGGUCACUGGUUUUCUUUUUCUUUAUGCAAAUGGGAUGUUAAUAUAUAGAACUCAAAGAAAUGCUCGAAAACGUCGCUUGAAGUUCACUCAUGGUGGCAUAAUGUUAUCUGUAGUUUUGCUAAUAGUAAUUGCUCUUGUUGCUGCAUUCGACAGUCACAAUUUAAAUCCAGAACCAAUUCCAAACAUGUAUAGUCUUCACAGCUGGAUUGGACUUACCAGUGUAAUUUUGUUCUGCUGUCAGUGGCUUGCCGGAUUUUCAUCUUUCCUCUACCCAGGUCUGCAAGUUCCACUGCGUGCAUCUUACAUGCCAAUUCAUGUAUACUUUGGCAUUGCAGGAUUUGUUGGUGUAAUUGCUUCCUGCCUUCUAGGGCUUAACGAAAAGGCUAUUUUUGCAUUACAGAGUAAUUACUCGAAGCUUGUGGGUGAAGCGGUAUUAAUUAAUAUAAUUGGACUUUUAAUAAUUAUCUUCGGUGGAUUGACAGUUUAUCUUGUGACGCAGGAACGCUACAAGCGUAUUCCGAAAGCAGAAGAUGAAUCUCUAGUCAGUGGCAGAAGAGAGUAA